AUGACUUCCACUCCAAAGACUGACAAAUGCGGACAAGAGAACGAAUCGGGCAGCGAGGGGAGCUCGGGCCACCGCGGGUCGUUGCGCGGCGCCAACAAGUUGGCGAGGCGCGCACGUUCAUUCAAGGACGACCUGCUCGAGCGCAUCUCAAACAUGCGCUCACCGGGGCAACAGCAUCACCGACCGCAUCUCUCUUCCAAUAUCAGAUCACAUUCACCACUUAGCCCGAAAAUCCGGAAUAUGACCAACAAACUCAAUACCGCAGAGGAAGGGGAGAUCACACCUGCCAAAGAACUCGAACGGCUAGUCAAAGAAGUUACGUUCGGCUUAAAACACUUUUCGGAUGUUAUUACAAAAGGGAAACUGGAAAUGCUCCCCGACAAUGGCACCAUUGUUUUUGAAUCUAUUGCAAAUAUACACAAAGCAAUAAAACCUUACUGCAGCCGAUCGCCGCAACUAACAAGCGCCGUUAAACGUCUUUGCGCGGCAUUAGCCACGCUGAUACGACUGUGUGACGAGAUCACCGCUUUAAGUUUGCGCGCAGACGCUAGCAACGAGGAAUUGGACACUUCGGCAGAAGCUUUAUCGUCAGAAUAUGUGAGUUCUGUAGUGAAGGGAGUGACUGGUGCAGUGGAGGAAGUGUCAACCCUGGCCCAGCAACACAUGACGCGGCCUGCACUUUCCCCACGUCCCGCACUCGUAUCACCGCGGUCUUCAACGCAAAGGAAUUCUUUACCAGAUAUUCCGCUCACUCCUAAAGAGCGGUCCUUGCUGACUGGAGAGGGAGGGACGGAGGCCGGUGGGGUGCGCGCGUCGCACUCGUCCGAGUCUGUGCUGGACGCUCCCGACUCGCCACCGCCCAAGCCUGCCAGGCCCAACCGGAAAGUCGAGUUGGCCCCACCCCUGCCGCCCAAGCGCAAGUCAGCGAACGACAACUCCCUACUGGCUCUCUCUAUUGAUAGACUGUCUCUACAAUCUCAUAGUAGUGGUUCGUUGGACUCGAUGCUGAACGUAUCAAACGAUGAGGAGAGGAACGCGCACGACACUAACAAUCAUGACCAUGUAUUUGCCACACCGCCUAACUCCGACUUAGUUGGCAUGUGCAGUUGCAACAACGUGAGCGAGAUGCGCGCCUCCGUGGAGUCGCACGAGUCACACAUGAACUCCACUCAUAUGCACGCACAUUCCAACCAUAACCGUUUCUCCAAUGAGUCCGGAUUUGUCUCUGUUGCGGAGAUAUCAGCUGAGCACAGCUUCACGUCGAUUUCAUCUCACCACUACACUAGCCAUACGGACAGUAUUUUUAACAGUACAGACUGUGUGACAGAAAUGAAGUGCACAGUACAAAGCUUUGAGAGCCGCAUGAAUGUAACCAAUACGAACAGUGUAACCACGCACCAUUCUUCAAAACUGGCGAGUAUCACGUCAGACGAGAACGAGACGCCGCCCGAGCUACCGGUGAAGACGCGGCGCAACAUUCGCGGCGAGGUGCAGCAACAGUUCCCCAACGUCGAGAUCAGGGCGGGCGCGGCGGGCGGGGCGCCGGGCGAGGCGCGGCCGCACACGCUGGCCGUGCACCAGCCGCCGCGACCGCCGCCGCUGCCGCUCAAGAAGAAACACAUGUUCCAAAGCGUCGCGUACAGCGUAAUGGCGUACAUGGAGAUGUUCGGUAACUGCAGUCAUCCGCCACAUAACCCCGCAGCUCCGCCCGACAUGUUCCGCCACUCCAUACACACGUACAACGUUGCCAGUGCUAAACAACUCGGUGACGGCGCAAUGAGCAUGCAACAUCAACAAGUACAGCGUUCUAUCGCACAGUCAUUUACUGUACAUUUUGGGAAUCCACCAAUGAGCAGUGGUUCAGAAGAUAGUGUUAACAUGAUUACAUCAAGUGGUACUAGUCCGAUCCCGUUGGAGCCACCACCAGCCCUCCCGCCUAAGAUGAACAAGAGUAAACAGCUCUCUGUAAAUUCCAGUAACGAGUUAUUGCCACCUCCAUCCCCUCGGCCAUCGUCACACAACAGCUCUACCGAUGAAACAAUGAUAAAUAACAAUUCAGAUGAGUCGUUUACUAGUACAACAGUGCCUGGAAAGUUCCCACUUGAAGACGAAUUGGAAAUGCUGGUGCAACAACCCACUCCUUCGCCUGUACCAUCACAGAGAAGUGAAGGUAGCACGGAACCUCCACCGGCCACAAUUGAAAAUAAUAGCAAUAGUGAGCCCCCUCCGGCAGACGCGGAUGACAUCAUACUGCAGACUGACAUUAGCUCAUGGCUAGUACUCAGGGAUCUCACCAAGACAGAAGGAACUGCAAAAGACGGGCCCGAGGUUCGUGGAGGCGACCCUGACGCUCUCAUCGUACUCGCCACCAAAGCCACUAAAGACUUCACGUACCAGGAGGCGUUCCUGUCGACGUACCGCACGUGGGUGUCGCCGGGCGGGCUGCUGGCGCGCCUCGUGCGCCGCGCGCACCACUUCCGCGCGCGCCCGCACGACCUGCGCUCCACGCUCUGUCUGCUCACGCGCGUCGUCGCAGACCUCACGAUGUCGGAUUUGGAUUGUUCACUAAUGCAAGAGAUUAAAGAGUUCAUUUAUUGGCUGGUGGAUGCUGAAGAGUUGAUCAUAGCGAAGGCUCUUAGACAAAUUCUAGUUGACAAGCAGAAACAACUACACUUCCAACAGACGAACAGCAGAUACGAAUACGAUACACCGUGCUAUGGCAGUGUAUCGACGCGUCGGGAUACACUCCUAGACUUCAAGGCAUCGGACUUGGCCGAACAGAUGACAUUGUUAGAUGCCGCACUAUUUAUUCGUCUUACUACAGCUGAAGUGCUGUUGUGGCCGCGCGACCAGUCAGAAGAAAGUUCGCCUAACCUUACGCGCUUCACAGAACAUUUUAACAAAAUGAGUUACUGGGCGCGUUCUAGGAUUUUGGAACAGGAGGAGGCCCGAGAGCGAGAAAAAUAUGCGAGCAAGUUCCUGAAGGUGAUGAAGGCACUCCGUAAGAUGAACAACUUUAACUCGUACCUGGCGCUGGUGUCGGCGCUGGACUCUCCGCCCGUGCGGCGCCUGGGCUGGCCGAGCUCCAUCGUGAACACGCUGCACGAGUGCUGCCUCAUCAUCGACUCGUCCUCCUCCUUCCGCACCUACCGCCAGGCACUCGCAGACACGCAGCCACCCUGUAUACCAUACAUUGGUCUAGUCCUUCAAGAUCUGACUUUCGUACACAUCGGUAAUCCUGAUCACCUACCUGAAGGUGGCAUCAAUUUCACCAAGAGAUGGCAGCAGUACCAAAUAAUGGAGAACAUGAAGAGAUUCCACAAAGAGCAGUAUAAGUUUAAGAAGAACGAACGCAUUCUGGCCAUGUUCAACGAGUUCGACGAUGUGCUGAGCGAGGAGGCGAUGUGGCAAGUGUCGGAGAGUAUCAAGCCGCGCGGCGGACGCAACCGCGCCCCGCCCGCGCACCACCACGCCGCGCACGCGCAGACCGCGGCCUGA